AAUAACUCUAGAAUUUUAUAAAUGAUAUUGUAUUAAGAAUAAUCAGAUUCUUUUUAAAACUAGGAGGAGGCAGUAAAAAACUAAACACACACCUCAAACUUCGUGUUUAUAUAUUUAUUUCACUUUGUCUUGACUUGAGGAUAGCUUUCUUCUUCUUAUUCAUCUUGAUUUUGGGUUUUCACUUUUUCAUUUUUCAAAUCAUUGUAAUAUCUAAAUGUAAAAGCUUGUAGUUCAACGGGUGUCAAAUAUGGCAGUUUCAAAGUCAGAAAUAAAGGAUAUAGACAUGCCCCCAGAAACUAGUGAAGGCGCAGUAGUGGUGCUCCUAAGGCAGUGGGAGAGGGAAGUUUUGCUCGAGAGAGGUUUGUUGUGGUUGAGAGUAAUUGCUUUUGUUUCCUCUUUCAUUUCCUUCAUCACCAUGGCAAGCAACAAGCAUGGCGGUUGGAAAGAUUUCGACAAGUAUGAAGAAUUCAGGCAUUUGCUGGCCACAGCCAUUAUAUCUAGUUUGUACACUGGUUACCAAGUUUUUCGUCAAGUUCAAGAACUUUACACUGAAAUAAACCUACUUCGACCGAGAUCUGCAGUGUUGAUUACUUUUUCUUUUGUUGGAGAUCAGGUUAUGGCAUAUCUCAUGAUGUCAUCAGUAUCAUCCGGGAUUCCAAUGACAAGUGGGAUGAGGAGUGUAGAAGACAAUAUAUUCACAGAUUCUUUAGCUGCAGCCAUUAGCAUGUCCUUUUUUGCCUUUUUGUGUCUAGCACUAUCAGCCCUUAUAUCAGGAUAUAAACUAUCAACUCAAAUUUAUAGCUAAAUUUCCAUAAAAUUUCCCUUAUAAUGCGUUAUCAUUCCAUAACUUCUAUACCAAAUACAGUCAUGCAUCCAUCCAUAUAUUUGUGUAAAGAAGAGAAAUUAAUUAAGAACCUCAUACUUUAAUUCUGUAUUAUUAAAAUGGGCUGAGAUUCAAGGUGUUGAUCCUUUUUAUAUGUUGCUUA